UUUGAGAUAGGAAAAGCAAAUAGCUCUGAAAUUGAACUUGGAGAGAUGGAGUUGAUCAUCUGCUUGUGAAACAGAACUUCUUUUGGAGUUAAAGGUUGUUGCCAAUUAGAUUGGACAAAUGGCAUUUUUCAGGAACCUCCACCAAAAUCUGAGCCUUCCCUCUGUGUCUUCUCUGGUUGACACACUCAGCAGUGCUGUGGAUGAUCUGACCAGUGUUGUUGGAGAGGUCAGCUACAGUGUAGCUGCUUCAGUAACAGAAGAAGUAACAAGCAUGAUAAAUGGCCUUCGCGGAGAAGCUGAAAGCUCCAAAAUACGGGAUGAUAAACCUGUGGAAGGAGGGGAGGAACAUAGGCUAUCACCAACUCAUUCUCAGGAAAAUCAUAUGAAAGUGAAGAGAGGUGUUGGAGAACAUGAAGAGACUCCUUCUGAUUUGUUAGAUUUUAGUAAAAAAGAUACAAGUGAAAAUGGAGUAUUUGACACGGACAAAAAUCAGUGCUGGUUAAAAGGCACAGGGAGUAAUAAUCAUUUAAGUGCUACAGAAGUACCUCAGAAUUUGAAGACUACGGAAGGACCUUUAAAAAGGGAAGCAGUAGGAAGAAAUGCUGAGCAUUUUGUAAAUUGUAAGUUGUCAAAGGACAGUAACCUGAAAAGUAAUGAAUUUGGCAUGCAGCCAUCUAUUGAGGAGCCGGAAAAUUGUGUCCGUGCAGUAUCAGAUAUUUCUGAGAAUCACUUGCAGAGAAAAAUCAAACCACAGUCAUCUGGAGUUGUGCACAAUAUGAAUGUUCCCCAGGAUUUAGAAACAAAACUUGUUGAAGUACAGAAGCAAAGAUUAUCAGAUUCUAGCCUGAAGAAGAUGCAGAAUGACCAUCCAAAUUGCAUUCAUGAAAAGAAAGAAAAGAAACCUGAAGCCUUUUUUGACGGAAAAGGAAAAUCUGUAUCAAAGGAUGAAGACAAUGUAUCAACUGCAAUUGCAAACGUGGGUAAAAAGACAAACAUACAGAAACCAGAAAGAGAGCUAUGUAAUAAGAAGACAGCAGGAAAAGACAACUCUUAUAUGAGUAAAGACCAGCAUGGUUCAUCAUCUGAGAGUGAAGAUGAAGCACUGGGUAAAUAUCAUGAGGCCUUGUCUAGAACCCAGAGUUCCAGGCUGCCAGUGGUGGAUGGCAGACAGCAAAAAAACUAUAUAUGGGAAACCAGACAAAAAUAUAGUCCCCUCUCUGCAGAAUAUGAUGGAUACAGUAGUGAAGCCUCAAUAGAUGAAGCAAACUGUAUUCAGAGGAUGAGAAGAACACCUCCCCUAGAUGAACUGCAGCCACCUCCAUACCAGGAUGAUAGUGGUUCUCCUCAUCUUUCAUGUACGCCUUCGGAAGUUGGAGACAGCAAAUGUGAAUUUUCACAGUGUAGCAACAGUCCCAGAUGUUCAUAUAAGUGCCCAAGUGAGGGAAGCAUGGGACAUGAAAUAGAAAGCUUUCAUAACAAAGGAUAUGAAGAGGAUGUACCAAGUGAUAGCACAGCUGUUCUCAGUCCAGAGGAUAUGUCAGCUCAAGGAUCGUCUUCACAGCUUCCUAAACCUUUUGAUCCUGAGCCAGUAGCUAAAUAUGGCACACUGGAUGUGACUUUUGACUAUGACUCACAGGAACAGAAGCUUUUGGUGACAGUGACAGCUGUCACAGACAUUCCCACAUACAGCAGGACAGGUGGAAGCUCGUGGCAAGUACACCUAGUUCUUCUCCCCAUAAAGAAGCAGAGAGCAAAAACCAGCAUCCAACGGGGACCAUGCCCUGUCUUCACAGAGACUUUCAAAUUUCAUCACGUUGAGUCUGAGAUGAUUGGGAAUUACGCAGUUCGCUUCAGACUGUACAGCGUGCGUCGCGUGAAAAAAGAAAGGAUUGUGGGAGAGAAGAUUUUUUACUUGACAAAACUGAAUCUUCAAGGGAAGAUGUCAGUGCCAGUGAUACUGGAACCUUCUUACAGUGUCUCUGGUUGUGACUCUCAAAUGAGCGUGUCAGAACUGUCCUGCAGUGAAAGUACCUCCUCUUGUCACUCGCUGGUGCAUGGCUCAGCUCCAGAAAUCCUCAUUGGCCUCCUUUAUAAUGCUACCACUGGAAGAUUAUCAGCAGAAGUGAUAAAAGGCAGCCACUUCAAAAACCUGGCAGCAAACAGACCACCCAAUACAUAUGUUAAGUUAACACUGCUGAACUCGAUGGGGCAAGAGAUGUCCAAAUGCAAAACUUCAAUCCGCCGAGGACAGCCCAAUCCAGUGUACAAAGAAACCUUCGUUUUCCAGGUGGCACUGUUUCAGCUCUCAGAUGUGACACUUAUACUGUCUGUGUAUAAUAAGCGCAGCAUGAAACGAAAAGAGAUGAUAGGGUGGAUUUCCUUAGGUCUCAACAGCUCAGGAGAAGAUGAACUCAAUCACUGGACUGAAAUGAAAGAAUCCAAAGGACAGCAAGUAUGUAGAUGGCAUACUUUACUUGAAUCGUAGUGGACACUACAGAGUGCAGUCGUGGUUUUAAGAGAGUUUGGUCUCUCGAGAAGACGAUCAUCCCCAGUCACAAACAACAGAUCUGUUGUGGAAGUAAAAAAGCAAAAGUAGAGGUCAACAUUCCAUCGUAAAGAAUGCACAAGGUACAAAAUGGGUGGGAUUUAAUGUAUAAUCUUCACUUAGUGUCAGACACUUCUUGGUGUCAGAGAAGCCUUGCUGUACACAGACACGUUAGUGGUCCCUCCUCCAUCCACCUGAUGCUGUAUUUGUUUGGGAUUGUUUUGUGGUUUACAAUUCAGAAACAUUUUAUGUAAGGUUCUCUAAUGUAAGCUCCUUCUCGUGUACUUUUUGUAUUGCUCUAAUAAUGUAGCUUCUGACCUGCCUGCGUACAGAUUAAAGGUCAAUAAUUUGCACUUGGAAAGAAAAAUAAUGGUCUGUAGAGCAAAAGAAGAAAACAAAAGUCACCAGUGGAGAACUUAGUAACAUAGCAAAUAUGAACAUACUGUUGUUUUACGCUGAGAUUCUUUCCAGGAGCUUAGUACAAGUAAGUUUUUGGGGGUUUUGAUAUGCAGUUGGUUUGAAAAAUACUAGCAUUUGGGCAUCAGGUGAACUUUAACAUCAAACUAAUGUUUCUUCAGCCUGUGACAGGAACGAGCUCUAUAUAUGGCAUAAAUUGGGGUUCUCCCUCUUGCCUGUACUUCUGUCAGAUACAAAGAGACCAGAUCAUUAGUUUGGUCCCUUCCAAAUUUCCUUGGACAGGUUGUACUGUGAAACUAUGUAACUUUCUGUUGAAAGCACUUCCUGUAUUCCUGUAUUCCAAUGUAAGGAAGCUCAUCGAGCACCACUUUACUAACAUAUAUUUUCAUUAAACAAAUUGAUACCAAUUUCUUUAAAAGGUCAUCAGUUAGAGGCUAGGCUGAAAGACUGUAAGGGGAAGUGGCAACAGUGGAACUGCUUUGAAUGAAGGCGAAGUGCUAUGGCUUUGGUUGAAACAGCCUCUUCCAAGCUAUUUUAGGCAUUACUAUGUACUAUGGCUUUGGUUGAAACAGCCUCUUCCAAGCUAUUUUAGGCAUUACUAUGUACUAUGGCUUUGGUUGAAACAGCCUCUUCCAAGCUAUUUUUGGCAUUACUAUGUACUAUGGCUUUGGUUGAAACAGCCUCUUCCAAGCUAUUUUAGGCAUUACUAUGUGCUAUUUGUUGGAAGCAGAGAUCAGACUGAGAACUUUUACCUUUCUUCUUGGAGAAGAGAACAACAGUACGUUAUUUUUCUAGUGAUUUGCCAGCAAUGGAAUGAAUCAAUGGAUGCCCAAAGUGGAAGUUUUCUUUGCUUGUGUUCAGGUUGGGACGUGCAGCUUUCUAACCAUGCAGCUAAGAAGCUGCAGGUGCAGCAGAAGUUAGCCAUCUGGUAAAUAUCCAUGUCUGAAAUCAGGGAAAUAUCAGUGCUUCUGAGAUUCCUAUUUGUCCUAAAUAACUGAAAUCACACUCAUUUACUGCCUGAUUAAUCUAAUUCUUACUGCUUAAAUUAUGGACUAUGGAGUAAAUAUUACAAAUAUUCUU